UGGGAAUAAGGACAGGAGGACUGAGCGAUGUCUGCGCCAGGUUCCACAAACCUGGGCAGCUCCGUAAGCUACAGCCAGAACUCAACGCCGAACGGUGGAGCUGCGCCCGGCUAUCAGAAUGGUCCAGCACAGACAUACCCAUCCAUGUAUCCACCUACAGGCUAUUAUGGAGCCCCACCUCAACAACAGAGUUACCCCACCAUCCCUGCCAACUCCACUUCUGUUCCCAACAAAGCGGCCAUUACGAACAGUGCCCACAGUGCUAACUACUACCAGAACAACCAUCAGCAGCAGCAGCAACAACGCCACCACCCGCAGCAUCAUGUAGCACCCUCCCCAUACAAUGCUCCCCUGAGCUCUGCCCCUCCUUCUCAGCCAUAUGCCACGCUCCCCUCUUCAGCACCUCCACCAUCAAACACCCAGUACAACCAACAGCCAUUCCAGCAGCAACAGCAGUUGCAUCCACCCUAUGCCACCCCAGGGUCCUACUAUGGACAGCAGUCGUACCCUGCUCCGCCAGCGCAGCAGCCUCAACAGCAGCACCAUCCCAGUUUGGUUCCUGCGCCAGCUAGUGGCCCUGGAGCUCCCCUCUACCCCAUCAUUUCCUACCCAUCGGCGCCAGGGAGUAGCCAGUACGGCACCCUGAGUUCGUCACAGAGCUCCUCCACGGCUGGAGUCCUGCCCAUCCAGAUGGGUGCAGCCCUUCAUCAGUACAGCGCCUCUCAGCCAGCCUCCACAACACCAGUGCCGCCUGGGUAUGGGGUGGGUCCUCACAGUCAGAUGGCACCGACGGUCAACGGUCAAGGAAGUACAGCCCAGACCACAGUCCACCAACACUACAACCAAAGCCACCAGGCAGCUCAGAGCUAUGAUUCCUACGGCAGGGUCACUCACAGCACCGGUGGUGUAGACACAGACCGAACGCCCUCAGGAACCCCCUCCACUUCAGUUCAUUCCUCGCCGGGCCACCACCAAGGCAUGCAGUAUGGAUAUGUUGCUAAUAGUGGAGCUAGCUCUGCCUCUGCCACCACCGCAGGCCCAGCAGCAGCCCCCUCGUCAUCCAGCUCUGAUGAGGAUGAUGAUGAGGAGGAGGAGGAUGAGGAAGCAGGUGGUGAUACAUCCUCUUCCACUACUGGCAGUGCCUCUCCGGUGCCCAACAGCUAUGAUUCCCUCGAGGGGGGCAGCUAUCCUGAUACCAUGCCACCUUCUAAUGAGAUCACUAACCAGGCUCAGCCCUAUGGUAGCUAUGGUUACCCCAGCAUGCAGCCAGCCUAUCGGCAGGGGCCGGCCUCCCACACUGACUCUUCCCCCACUCACGACCUGUAUAGCCAGACAAGCUACCAGCAGUACUCCCAGCCGUUUCCGAACCUGUCCCAGCUGUCUGCAGCCCUGGGGGGGCUGAGCGGGGUGCCCGAGUUGGAGGUGGAGGCCCUGAGGCCGGUCAACCUGCUGCAGGAGAGGAACCUGCUGCCCCUGAGGCCCUUGGAGGCCCCCGAACCCAACCUCAGUUCUGACCUCAAGAAGGUCAAUUGCAGUCCGCAGACAUUCAGGUGUACACUGACAAGCAUCCCCCAGACACAGGCUUUACUAAACAAGGCCAGGCUCCCUCUCGGCCUUCUCCUUCACCCCUUCAGAGACUUACAGCAGUUACCGGUCAUCACGUCGAACACGAUCGUGCGCUGUCGCUCCUGUCGCACCUACAUCAAUCCCUUUGUCACCUUCCUGGACCAGCGCAGGUGGAAGUGUAACCUCUGCUACCGGGUCAAUGAUGUUCCAGAUGAGUUUAUGUAUAACCCAGUCACCCGGUCGUAUGGCGAACCCCACAAAAGACCAGAGGUUCAAAACUCCACUGUGGAGUUCAUUGCCUCCUCAGACUACAUGUUGCGACCUCCUCAGCCGGCGGUCUACCUGUUUGUCCUCGAUGUGUCUCACAACGCUGUGGAAGGAGGCUACCUGAAGUACUUCUGUGAAUCCCUUCUUGAGAACCUGGAUAAGUUGCCCGGGGAUACACGCACCAGGGUUGGCUUCCUCACCUUUGACAGCACAAUCCACUUCUACAACCUCCAGGAGGGACUAUCCCAGCCACAAAUGCUGGUGGUGUCUGACAUAGAUGAUGUCUUCAUACCGUCUCAUGACAGUCUGAUGGUGAACCUAAAGGAUAGCAAAGAGCUGGUGAAGGACCUGCUGACCUCGCUGCCGGCCAUGUUCAGUCAGAGCAGGGAGACCCACAGCGCAGUCGGCCCGGCGUUGCAGGCCGCCUUCAAGCUCAUGUCACCCACCGGAGGCCGCGUCACAGUUUUCCAGACCCAGCUGCCCACGCUGGGUGCUGGUAUGCUGCAAUCAAGGGAAGACCCAAACCAGCGCUCGAGUACUAAGGGAGUGCAGCACCUCGGCCCCGCCACAGACUUCUACAAGAAACUCGCACUGGACUGCUCGGGACAGCAGAUUGGGGUGGAUCUUUUCCUGCUCAGCUCCCAGUACGCCGACCUUGCCUCGCUAGCUUGUAUCUCCAAGUAUUCAGCGGGCAGCAUCUUUUACUACCCCUCCUUUCAUUACAUACACAACCCGGCACAACUGGAGAAGUUCCAAAAGGAUCUCGAGCGCUACCUCACCAGGAAGAUUGGCUUCGAGGCGGUUAUGAGAAUACGAUGCACUAAAGGUUUAUCCAUCCACACGUUCCACGGCAACUUCUUUGUGCGCUCCACCGACCUGCUGUCCCUGGCCAAUGUGAACCCAGACUCUGCCUUCGCUGUCCAGAUGUCAAUUGAAGACUCUCUGGCAGACUCAUCUCUGGCCUGCUUCCAGGCUGCUCUGCUCUACACCUCCAAUAAAGGAAAGAGGCGUAUCCGAGUUCACACUCUGUGUCUGCCGGUAGUCACCCAGCUCAGUGACGUGUAUGCGGGGGCUGAUGUCCAAGCUAUCACUUGUCUGCUAGCCAACAUGGCCAUCGACCGGUCGAUAUCGUCCAGCCUGUCCGACGCUCGAGAUGCCCUGGUGAACGCCGUGGUGGACUUGGUGACCGCCUACAAGAGCAACGUGUCGAACCUGCAGCAGUCUGGACUCGUCGUCCCCGCCUCCAUGCACCUCUUCCCUCUUUACAUCCUCGCUCUGCUCAAACAGAAAGCGUUGCGGACAGGCACCAGCACGCGGCUGGACGAGCGGGUCUUUGCCAUGUGUGAGUUCAAGACGCAGCCGCUGCAGCAGCUGAUGCGAAUGGUUCAUCCUGACCUGUACAGGCUGGACAACAUGUCAGACCAGGGGGCGCUCCAUCUGAACGACACAGUGGUUCCACAACCUCAUCUGCUCCACCUGUCUGCCGAGAGGCUGAGCAGAGAUGGAGCUUUCCUCAUGGACUGUGGCACCGUGUUUUACCUGUGGAUCGGCAAAUGCUGCAACGAGAUGUUCGUACGAGAUGUCCUGGGCUGCCCCAACUACGCUUCAGUACCCCCCAACAUGAGUCACAUUCCUGAGCUGGAGACUCCUCUGUCCGAGAGAGUGCGAGCCUUCCUCGACUGGCUGCAGGACAACAGAGCGUUCAGCUCGACAAUACACGUCGUCAAGGACGAUGCUUCGGCUAAAGCCACUUUCUUCCAGCACCUGGUGGAGGAUCGGUCUGAGUCGGCUUCUUCCUACUAUGAAUUUCUCCAGCACAUUCAGCAGCAAAUGUCCAAGUAGGCCACCACCAUACCGAGAAAAAAAAAAAACAACUAGAAACCACAGACCCGUGCGAGGAAGGGUUUCCGCUUCGUAGAGUGAAAACUAGCGUUAGCCAACGACGGGCGCCCAUCGCUGCCUCAGACCAGUUGUAGCGAGGUGGGUCACCGCCCCUUCCUUUAAACAGUCUUAUUAAACAAAUCCACCCUCCAAGCUCAUCGGUCAGCCAUGAUUUGACCAUCAGAAGGGGAGGGAGGGGGUUAUUUGUAGAAAAGAACGAAGAAUUCCAGGAACAAAUGAAUGAAUGAAGGGACAGGAGGUUUGUUACACGUCAAAAUGAAUUAUCGAAAACGCUCCUCCAGCGUCUCCUCCCUGCCUCUUAGUCACAGUCAGGCCCCCGUUUAGCCUCUCGUCAAAUUCGUCACUCAUGAGAAAAGAAGGGGGAAGAAAGUGGAGCCGAGAAGAUGCCACUCUAGUACGUUUUACUUUUAAUUUGUUUUCGUGAGCCUCACAUGUAGCUAGUGCGGUCUUUUUUUUUUUUCUUUUUUCUUUUUUUUUAAAUUUUAUAAUUCAUUCACUUCCUCACUCCCUCGGUUUUAUUUUUAGACAAUUUUGAAUACACUGGAAAACAGAAACAAGCAUUCCUUCGGUUGUUUUUUUUUGUUUUGUUUUUUUCGGCAUGCGCUUUCAAAUACGCAUGUCAACGUUCUGUUUGCUGCUAGUCCGAGGAUAGACGACAACUGGGAAACAUAACUCAGCAGUGGUUGGACAUUUAACCCCCCGUCAGCUCCCUCCUCUCCGCUCCUCUUUGUGAACUGAUUUUAUUGAGCUCAAACAUUAAAAAAAAAAAAAAAAAAAAAA